AUGGAUCAAGCGCAACCGCCACCGGGCCUUCCACAGUCCAUGUCACCGCCGCAACUCGAUGAAAAUCAACCACAGCUAGAUGGACAACAGCCGCAACCAGGUGAAGAGGUCCAGGUGCAGCCGGGUGAACAGGCGCCACCGCAGCCGGGUGAACAGCCGCAGCAGCCGAGAGAAGAGCUCGUGCCGGACGGCCGCCACAGCUGGCAGGUGGCGCUCGCAGCGGCGUGGAACGUCUUCUGCUGCUCCCUGCUGCGUCGCGCCAUGCCGGUGAUGUUCCUCGCGGUGGGAGACGCGUUCGCCACCACCUCCAAAGGCGCGGUCGCCUGGAUGAACGCCUUCAUCUACAGCCUGGCAUACACGCUGUCGCCGGUUCUGACCGUUCAGUGCCGGACCAUGCCGCUGAAGGUUCUGUCCAUCGGAGGCGCCCUGUUGGUCGGCGUGGGCCCAAUAGUGUGCUUCGCCCUCGGCAGCCUUGCCCUUCUGGUGCCAGUGAUAGGACUCUGCUGCGGCCUUGGCGCCGCCGUGUCGAUGGUCGUCAACGAGACGGUGGUCCACCUCCACUUCGAGGCGGAGCGUCGCAAGGCCCUGUCCAUCUAUCGGGCGGCCUUCUCGCUGUCGGCCAUCGCGUACCCCUUGGUGCUCGGGCUGCUCGUGAGCGAGUACGGACUGGACGGCGCCUUGCUCGUGACAGGCGCCAUAUCGCUCAACGCCCUUGCCGGCUCCCUCCUCAUGGCCAGGUACGGUCGCCUCGCGAUGUGCCUGCACCGUUAA